GGCCCGAGCGGCUGCAGCUGCAGCGGCGGGGGAGGCGGCAGCGGGGCCCGGGAGGGGGGCUCCGCGGGGGGCCGGCGUGUAGCCGGGACCAUGGAGGGGCAGAGCGGCCGCUGCAAGAUCGUGGUGGUGGGGGACGCGGAGUGCGGCAAGACGGCGCUGCUGCAGGUGUUCGCCAAGGACGCCUACCCCGGGAGUUAUGUCCCCACCGUGUUUGAGAACUACACCGCCAGCUUUGAGAUAGACAAGCGCCGCAUUGAGCUCAACAUGUGGGACACUUCAGGUUCCUCUUACUAUGAUAAUGUCCGGCCCCUCGCCUAUCCUGAUUCGGACGCUGUGCUCAUCUGCUUCGACAUCAGCCGCCCAGAAACCCUGGACAGUGUCCUCAAGAAGUGGCAAGGGGAGACACAGGAGUUUUGCCCCAAUGCCAAGGUUGUGCUGGUUGGCUGUAAACUGGACAUGCGGACCGACCUGGCCACACUGAGGGAGCUGUCCAAGCAGAGGCUGAUCCCUGUUACACAUGAGCAGGGCACUGUGCUGGCCAAGCAGGUGGGGGCCGUGUCCUACGUGGAGUGCUCCUCCCGGUCCUCUGAGCGCAGCGUCAGGGAUGUCUUCCACGUGGCCACAGUGGCCUCCCUCGGCCGCGGCCAUAGGCAGUUGCGCCGGACUGACUCACGCCGGGGACUGCAGCGAUCCACUCAGCUGGCAGGAAGGCCCGACCGGGGAAAUGGGAACGAAGGCGAGAUACACAAGGAUCGAGCCAAGAGUUGCAACCUCAUGUGAGGAGCCGGGGAGGGGCAGAGCAUCAGGAGGGGUGGUGAAGGGCACAAUUGUUCCCCUGCCUGCACCCUGGCUUCCUGACCCCCUGACUGGCUAGAACUUCAGGGCAGGUUGAGUGAGCAAUUCUCCUGGGCAAGGGACCUGGAGGCAGAGGGUACCAUCAUUCCCCACACUCUCACCCCCCUCCUCUCCAUAGGAAGCUGCGGGAGCUAGCAGAGCAGGCAUCUGGCUCGGGAGUGGGGACGGGGCAGGGGGUUUAGGGAAGCUGGCGUCCAGCGGUGACCUUGGUUGGGUCUCAGUAUAUGAAGAGUGCCUUCCCUCCCUGCCCCCAGGCCCCAUAUCCUGGUCCUGGCUUCCUUCCCUAAGGAAAGUGUCCAUUCCAUGAACUUCCCUUUUCCUCUCCUCUCACUUCUACAGCUGUGCUCACUCACCCUAACCUCCAGGCAACAUGCACUAAAUUAAAAAGCAAGUUAAGAAGCCCUUCCCCCCCCAUACCCACCCGUCCUAGCUCCUCCCUCGCUUCCCCAACCAUCCUCAAAUAAAGCCCAUGUCCAUGGAAAACGGCUGUGGCUUUAGUUUUGUGGCUCUCUAAAUACCAGUCUACCAAUCUCCAGUAGCAGGAGCGAAAGUUAGACUUCAGGAAGAAGCAGAGGAAGUCAUGGGCUGGAUGGGCAGUGUCCUUUUAGGAGCCAGAGGUGGGGAAGUGAGGUAUCUUGGGAAUAUCCAUCUCAGUUAAUGAGCCAAACAAUCCUGAAGCCAUUAGGGGGUUUUAACGUGGACUGAUGUGCAAUUCAUUACUCAACCCCGCUGGGGCCCCCUGCUUGAGUGGGAGGGGUCCAGCUGAAGUGGUCCAGGCCCUUUGCUCACCAUCUCCAUACACCCCCACCUUGGAAUCCGCUGGUGCCCUAGGGGUUGUGGGGGUAGGGAGAGCACCAAAAGCCCCCGCAUCGCAGAAGCUGACCCUGGACAGAGGGACGUUUCCCAAGGGGACAGAGGUUUGAUUCUGGAGUCUCCUCGGAGGCGGGCAGGGGUUCUCACCCUCUCCAUCCUGAGCUUUGGAUGAUUUUGGGGGGAGCCUCAGCUGAGUUUAGGGUCACCCCCUCCCAACCCCCUAUUGAAGGAAAGCUGGUGGAGGGGCUGGCUGCAGCACUUGUUGUCAGGAAAGACAGUGCUGGUCUGUUUUCUCGGGAGUCUGGUUUCACAUUGUCCUGUAUUCCCUCCCUGGCUCUGGUCCCACUGGCCUCUUUUCGGUGACAUUCUCCCCCAGGAACCAUCCCUGGCCCUCCCCUCCCCCAGCCCCAGACAGUUCUUCCAGACACACUCAGGGGGAGAACACAGACCUUACCCUCCCAUCUGGACCCCCCACCCCCAAAUCACGGCCCAUCCCUCCCGCAUUCAUUCAGCAAAUAUGUACUGAGCACCAACUGUGUGCCAGACACAGGCUUGGGAGACCGAAGGGACCAGCCUCUCUGCUCUGGGGACCAGCCCAUGAGGAAAAAGAGGGACCCCAGGUGUGACAGUGCCUUGGCUGUGGGAGCUCCUUACAGCCUCGGGAGCCAGUCCCCUGAGCCAGGUCCUGAGGGUUGAAGGGGAGUUUUCCAGGCAGGAAAGGGGUAGGAGAAGUGCUCUGGACAGAGGGUAGAGCAAGUGCAGGCAUAUGGCGAUGAGAACAACAUGGCACAGUCGGGGCUGCCAUGGUGGGAAGGGCAGAAGACAGGCUGGGAAGGUACAUUAAGGCCACUGCAGGGUCCACAAGGGAACCAGGACUUCCUUCUGAGGAUGUGAGGAGGCACUAGGGACUUCAAGCACAGAAUGAAGUGACCAGAUUUGGGUUUGGGGGUAGAUGGGUCAUCUGGAUGUGGUGAUGGAGGCUGGGGGUUUGGCUCUGAGAUGGAUCAUUUAAAAUAGCUUCUCCUUUCCCUAUGCCAGGGCCCAGCCUUGAGUGGAAAAGAAAUCCCCACCCACUCCUGGCUCAUCAGACACCUCUUUCCCUCCCUCUCCUAAGGACCCUGUCCUGACCCAUCUCAGCCAAUCAGACACCUCUUUCCCUCCCUCUCCUAAGGACCCUGUCCUGGCCCAUCUCAGCCAAUCAGACACCUCUUUCCCUCCCUCUCCUAAGGACCCUGUCCUAGCCCAUCUCGGCCAAUCUCCUUCAGGAUUCUGGGACAGCUUAAGGGCAUAGGAUACCCCACCCUCUGAAACCGUGACCUGGUUAGAGGCUGACUCUGAGACCCUCCUCAAGGACCCUGAGACCUGGGUUAAGGGUUCUGGGAAAGGCCCAUCUCUCAGCCUGGUCCCAGAGGACUGACUAUUCCCCCACAGGGAACCGCCAUACCAUCAAUUUAGGAUUUGGGGCCUCGAGGCUUCCCUUUUCACUUUGGACUUUGGUACCAAGCAGGCUCAAGCCUGUGGCUGCCAAAGUGGAGUAUUUGUGUCCCUCUCUUCUCCCAACCUCCCGCUCCUGCCACGCUGGCGCUUGGGGAGUGCACACGCAUUUCAAUAUCCGCCUAAAGCAAACAUAAUUAGGAAAAUAAAUCAGCUGGAGGAGCCCCCAAAGUUUAAUACAUUUCCAAUGCCACUGGCAACAGAUUUUGGUCCCCUCUGCAGGUCUGGGUUGGCAGACGUUUUAUUUCCGGGGAGGGGCUGCACCUCUGGACUAAGGAGCCCAAUAGGUCCGGGGGGGGGGGGGGGGGGAA